GCCCUUUUCACAAUCCCUUUGUGUCCUGUGGAGAAAAUAGACUUUCAGCCUUCUCUCCAUACAUAAGGUAACUUCGGCAGCUGGCCUGAGCUUACUGCUUACGAUGCCCUGGAGCGAUCGCCAGUUCACUGCCAUGAUGGACUCGUCGCCCUACCGGUACGAGACGAAGGUCGGCGGCGCCACUGCGUCCGACAUGGAGAUGUGGCCAGGUCCUAGGCAUGUCGCGCCUGGGACCCACGAGGAGAUCAAACGCAAUCUCAAGUCGCGGCAUAUCACUAUGAUCGCCAUUGCGGGCAUGAUCGGAACGGGGUUGUUCCUCACUUCAGGCCAGGUCAUUGCCACUGCUGGCCCCGCGGGAGCUCUGCUGGCGUAUAUUGUCAUGGGCCUCGUCACGGCUGGAGUUGCAUACACGACUGGUGAAAUCACGGCGUUUAUGCCGACAACUGGCGGGUUUAUUCGUCAUGCUACCAAGUUUGUUGAGCCUGCGCUGGGGGCCGCGACUGGAUGGAACUUUUGGUAUACGAUGUCGAUUACGGCUCCGACGGAGAUCACUGCCGCGGCGACGCUUAUUGAGUUCUGGCAGGUGGACGUGAAUAUGGCCGUCUGGAUCACCGUCUUUGGUGUUUUCAUCGUGGCCGUCAACUUCUGCGACGUCCGUGUAUAUGGAGAGUCAGAAGUCUUCUUCUCCACGCUCAAGAUCAUGCUCAUCGUCGGCCUGAUCAUCGGCGGCAUCGUCAUCAACGCCGGCGGCGGCCCUAACCACGAGUACCUGGGAUUCCGCUACUGGCGAGACCCCGGCGCAUUCAAUGCGUAUAUCGAGACGGGGUCGGCGGGACGGUUCCUCGCCUUCUGGAAGGUCCUUUUAACCUCUGCCUUUAGUUAUGGUAAUAUCCAGGUCGUGGCCAUCUCUGGCUCGGAGACGCGGAACCCGCGCAAGAUCAUCCCCAGCGCGACGAGGAAGACCUUCCUGCGCGUCUUCAUCUUCUAUGUCCUGAGCAUCUUUAUCGUUGGUCUUAUUGUCCGAUCCGACGACCAAGCCCUCAACAACGAAACAGGAACCGCGCAGCAAUCCCCCUUCGUCCUGGCCUUCGACCGCGCCGGCGUCGCCGUCCUCCCGCACAUCAUCAACGGCGUGGUGUGCACCUCGGCCAUAAGCAGCGCAUCGGGGUGUAUCUUCAUCGCCUCGCGGACUCUCUACGGCCUCAGCCGCGACGGCCACGCACCCCGUUUCUUCCAGAAAUGCAACCGGUUCGGGACGCCGUACCUGGCCGUGGGACUGUCCUGUGCCUUGAUGCCGCUGGCGUAUAUGGUGCUGGGGGAUAGCAGGGCCGCGACGGUGUUUCAGUGGUUUGUGAAUAUCACGACAGUGGCCGGGCUGAUUGGGUGGGUUGUUAUUGAGGUUACGUAUCUCAGGUUCUUUGCUGGGUUGAAACUGCAGGGGUUUGAUAGACGGAGACUGCCUAGCCGGAAUUUCAUGCAGCCCUAUGUGGCGUGGGCGACGCUGUUUAUGGUUGUGAUGGUUAUCUUGUUUUCUGGCUUCGAUGUGUUUACAACCGGCAAUUUCACGGCCUCUGGGUUCCUGACGUCCUAUCUGAAUAUUGCCAUCUUUGCUGGACUAUACAUCUUCUUCAAGAUAUUCCUCAAGUCCAAGGUAGCACCCUUGAGAGAAAUCGAUUUCCAAUCCGAGUUCGAUGCCAUCGAGAUUGAGAAGCUGUCAGGGGAGUACGUGCCGGAGAACAACCAGCCCUGGUGGAAGCGGGCCAUUCACUGGGUUUAGUCUAGAUACCUUCAUAGUCUGCAUCAAGAUAGUUUUGUGGAGUACUAAUAUAGUUGUUAUAUUACCUAUAUUCUCCCCCACAAUCACCCAUACUCUCAAACAUCUCCCCCCUCAAACUGCGCUGCAAGAUAUGAUCGAUACUGGCCCGAUCCUCCCCAUCGAGCGUCCACCCCAAACUCCCUAGAUUCACUGCAGACUGCUCGCUCACGCCCAUGCGCGCGCCAACAAUAACAGCCCCGACGUACGGGAAAUCCAGCACCCACCGCGUUGCGACGUUUGAGACGGUCACGCCGUGCUUCUGGGCGAUGGCGUGCAGAGCGCGUAGAAGCU